CUCGCUCGCGUCGAUCCGGCCGGACAGGGGGGAAACACUUCUCAGCACAAGAACAAAAGCAACAACGAGCAGACCGAGGGGGAGGAAGACGCGGUGACUCACAUUUACCCUUCGCCUCCCGGACUGGUCAUUCGCGGCUCGGAGAGGCUUUAGUCGACGGCUCAACUCCCUGGAAAAAAGGCGACAAACUUGGUGGCGGCAGCGCCUGCAGUGAUCCCGGCCGUAAUCCCGUCGAGCUGCUUGAUAAACAAGAAGAGGGUCAAACAAACACACGGACGGUAUUGUUUCCCUCGGUCCACCUCGGAAACUUCGGCCAUAUAUAUAUAUAGCCGAGUGGUGGAGAGUUAACUCCCGACUUUCUCCGGUUUCGCUAUCCCGCGAGUAGACGGCGAGGAGGACGGGUUAUUUUCGGUGUUUUCGGGCUCUGUCGUGGUGUCUGCCCUUUGUGAAGGAGCCGCACUCAUCUUUCAGGACUGAGAACUUUAAAGUGGAACAAAGCCUCACUGGGUGGCAGAACCAACGUUUCUAGCCCAGAUGGCAUCGUACACAGAACAUGGUGGCAGAAAUGGACAACAUGUAGACACAAAUGAGUCCUUUGAAGGAAAAGUAAAAAAGACAGAAUUUGAAGAAAAGCUUGAAGUCAAAUGCUCCUCCAAGGAAUUGACUCACUCUGCCAGCUCAGACGAAAACAACGCAAGUAGUGUGGCGAGCUUCACCACCAACCACAACUCCGUUGUGUGCCUGCCUCUGGUCUCAGAGGGACUGAAACUGGUGUGGACCCAGGCCGAUCAGACCCGAGAACUCGAUUCAAUCCCAGAACUGGUCCAUGCCUUUAACUUAUUUCCGUACCCGUCAUCCCGGGAGGUGAGCACUCUGGCCCGACUAUGUGCCUUGCCACUGGACAAAGUGAAAGUGUGGUUUAUGGUACAGAGGAUUAAAUACGGUAUUAGCUGGUCGUCUGAGGAGAUCGAGGAGACGCGACGGAAACUGGCGGUACCUGAGCUGUACGAUGACUCUGCUGAAACAAACGAAGAAGCAAAACCCAAGAGCAAAAGUGUGGAGGAAUUAGUAAUUGAGGACGAGAACAGCGGAGAGGAGGAGAUUGGUGGAACCAGCUUCGUCACCCAAGUGCAGAACUCAAAGAGCGAGUCGGGAGAUUCGUGUAAAACAACCAAAACCGCCCCCCCUUGUUUCAGUUCCACGCUCCCACCUCCCCAGGAUUCAUACUUUUACCACCCCCCAGCAGACUCUCCCGCAAGCACAGCGGGGGAUGUCUCCCUCGACCUAUCAGAGUCAGCCUCACGACACCACCGCCACGGACGCUAUAAAAAAUCCAAAGCUCAACUUGCUGCGCUGCGCAGAAGUUUUCUAAAGGAGAACUGGCCUGCAGAGGCGGAGCUCAGACGUCUGCAAGAAGAAACGGGGCUGAGUCGCAACGACAUACGUAAAUGGUUCAGCGACAGCCGUUACCAGCUAAGAGUUGGUAGAGGAAGUCUGGCAGCGGCCCAGAACUAUUCUCACCAAACCGUUGUUGGAGGUAAACAUGAUCCACAGUCUCAACCUCUUCCACUUGUUAAUCCAAAAUCUCAGCUCAGUGAGGUGAAAGGCCAGGACGGAACACGUAACAAUGGAAUUAGAAAUUCACAUUUCUUCCAGACUUUUUUGUCUAACAGCCUGGAAGCAUUUGGGGAAAAGGUCCUUGAGAUGCAAGGGCACGAAGUCGUGGAGGAGCUUUCUGGAGACGAAGAAAGUUUUAAAGAUGAGGAACAAAGUGAGGAACAACCUUUGCAGUUGAUUAAGACUUGCAAGAUUGAGCCGGAUGUUGUUGAGGAAUUAAAAUCUUCUCCCAGAUCUUCCCCCUCCGGGAGUCCACCGCUGACUACCCCACCUAAUAAACCACUUUCACAGAGAUUUCGUACGUCAAAGAAGUCGGUGCAUUCAGCAAAAUACAGCCCUUUACUGACACCCGAGUGCCUCUCGGGGGCUUCCACGUCUACGUCCCCUCUUCUCACUCCAGGUGGGCGACCCAGAAAGACCAAGGAGCAGUUGAGUCUGCUAAAGGAGUACUUUCUGCAGUGUCAGUGGCCCACGAGUGAAGAUUACACUGAACUUGUUAAAAUUACAAGUUUACCCAGAGCAGAUGUUAUUCAGUGGUUUGGUGACACGCGAUAUGCAGUCAAAAACGGUCAGUUACGCUGGGUGAAGGGUAUCCGCGAUCACUUCUUGGCAGAACUUGCUUCCCAGCAAAGCAGCAGUGGUUUGACGAAUGGAAGUGGGACCUCCAACCGGGGUGGCCGUAAAAGAAAAUCUCCAGCAAAUGGAUCAGGCUCGUUUACCCCCGAUACUCAGCCGUUGGUAGCAUACUACCUUUCAACGGGCCCACUACACGAAAAAGAUCUUGACACCCUAUGCAAGAAAUCGAAAAUGGGUUACCAGCAGGUGCGAGACUGGUUUGCGACUCAGGAUGGUGAUAAGACUGUGCAAGACCCUGCUGUUGUGCAAGAACCCGCUGUUGCUGAAGAGCAUGUUGCUGAAGAGCAUUUGUAAAAGUUGGUGGAGUGCUCCAAGAUCUUUCACACAACAGGCAUAAUUAUUGAUGUGGUUUAUAUUGCUUUAAUUGAGGCAGGUUUGUGAAAUCCAGUCUUCCCUGAACAAGCCCAUAGUGCGGUUUGUGUGUUGAUGUAUAUGUUGCAUUCCUGGCUUUUCCUAAUAUAUUUAGACUUGAAUCAUGUUUGUGCUGCCUAUUUUGCUGUAAAUGGGACAGUGGCCUGUACACUGGUUUUCUAUAUAUUUUUUUGGAGCUUAUUUUUGUUAGAUCACUACAACAGAAUUUGUUUUAGUAUUCUAUUUGUAGCUAUAUAAUUUAAACUAGUUGUACUUUUGGUACCUGGGUGUAGCAGAUUAUUUACUGCUCAAAAAAAAUUAUGUAUGUUGACAGACUUAUUUCUUGGUCACUGUGUGCAGGCAUUCCUUGAAACCAAUAAUCCCUUUCCAUGGAAAGCACACUGGACAUGUACUUUUAAAAUUGACAUCUUGCACUUUGGUUUUUCAACCUGCUGCCGUUAAAGUGAUUAAACCCAAUGAUUUCACCAAAAAAAGGUCUUAAUUAUUUCACAAAAUCAAAAUUCCUAACUGUGCUGUCAGUGUUGAUGGGGUGUUUCUGGAACUCUGUCAUGCAUAAGAAAAAAAACAAAAAAAAAAACAGCAUCUAGAUAGUAUAUUUCUGAACCACAUUCCCCGAUUCCCAUUUAGUCCUCCUGUUGUAAUAUUUGAAUACUUUGUCUGUCAUUUGUAUAUAAAUGCACCUUUGUAACAGUAAGGUUUAAAUGUUAACUGUAGAUGCAACAAUUAUGCAGAAAUCAAUUUGCAAAAUUAGUCAUUAAAUCAGAGAUGGAUCAUCUUUUUGACAUAAAGGCAUAUUGUCAGCCUUCAUGGUUCUUUUCUGUAGACAGACAAGAUGUGCAUAAGAUGGACCUGAUGAGUACAGUGGAUUCAAAUCCAGAAAGAGAACAGUUUGUGAACACGUGUCCUGGAGGACAGCACAAAUAUUCAUUUAGGUUAUAUCACUUUGUGCAAAGCUUCACAACCUCAAGUACUUAUAGUUUACCUAAAUAGAAUGAUGCACACUUCAAGUCGGGUCAGUUUAGACAUGUUCAGAUAAAGCUGAAAUAAUUAGAAACUUGAUAAGACUGCGUGCAUCACUUUUUCCUUCUGAUAGUCAUGAAAAGCUAAAGCCAGUGUCAUGCUGUAGGGAUUAAGUCCCUACAUUUGUCUUCCUUUACCAAUGUUUUGAAAUAUAUAUUUUCCUGUUUGAAAAAAAAAAAGAAGUCAUUUGCACAAUUGUAUCACUGGAAACAAGUAAAAUAUUUGUCUUUAUAA